AUGAUUCCAACUAAAGUAGAAAUUCCCGAAAGAAUCGAUGGCGAAGAAGGGUCCGGCAAUGACGGAGGGGCUGGAGACGACGACGAAGGCAGCAGCUGGUCCGGAGACGAUAAAGAUACCAAAAGCUUGGACACUGACGAUGCCGAAGACUUCUCAGAAUAUGCUGACUAUGCUGACGACGAAGACGGAGGCAGCAGCGGGUCCGGAGACGAUAGAGAUACCAAAAGCUUGGACACUGACGAUGGCGAAGACUUUUCAGAAUAUGCUGACUAUGCUGCCGACGAAGACGGAGGCAGCAGUGGGUCCGGAGACGAUAAAGAUACCAAAAGCUUGGACACUGACGAUGGCGAAGACUUCUCAGAAUAUGCUGACUUUGCUGACGACGAAGACGAAGGCAGCAGUGGGUCCGGAGACGAUAAAGAUACCAAAAGCUUGAACACUGACGAUGACGAAGGCAGCAGCGGGUCCGGAGACGAUAAAGAUACCAAAAGUUUGGACGCUGACGAUGGCGAAGACUUCUCAGAAUAUGCAGACGAAGGUUCGGGUUCAGGACAUG